AUGAACUUUUUAGGUAUUGACAUCGGCAGCAAACACUCUUUAAUUGCUUACACUGUUGCAGACACCUUUCCAGAAAUCGUUCCAAACUGCGUCUCAAGUCCAGUGACGCCAUCUUGUGUGAUCUAUCAACCCGUCACCAAGUCAGUUUAUAUCGGCGAAGACGCCGUUGACAAACAACUGCGAUACCCUAAAAACACAACAACCAAUUUUACUAUGACUCCAACGUUUUCGCAAAACUUGCCUUAUUUCUAUUAUACUUUAAUGAUUAAUAAUUUACUGAAAGACGUGAAGAGCUACUUAGACGAUAAAACAAUGAAAAUGAAUCCAAAAGACACAGUCGUCACUUUAACAGUCCCUUCUGAAAUGCCAGACACUCAGAAGAACUUGUACAAAGACGUUAUUCAAUCACACUUCGGAUUUCAAGACGUUUUAACACUUAACGAUAUCGAAGCAGCUGCACUCUGUCUUAAGACUAUGCAUUCCGUUGAAAAGAAGAAUGUGCUGAUUGUCGAUAUUGGAGCACAUCAUACCACAGCAGCUGUCUUUGCUGUUGGAGAGACUAUCGAGUGCGUGAACAAAGCAUCUGCUGUUGUUGGUGGAAACAACUUCGAUGAGAAAAUCGUUGAGUAUGUCAAGAAGUCGAUAUUAGAGAAGAACCACAUCGACUUAAUGGGUCAAGGCUAUGAGAAGACUUUAAUUCGCGCUCAGCGUGCUGUUGAGAAGUCUCGAAUUUUGUUAUCAACGAUUCCAGAGUCAUACAUAGAAGUUGAUGGAAUUAACGACGGUUCUGUCAAAGUGAAAAUGUCGAGGGAGCUCUUACAAACCCUAAUAGCAGACGAUUUGAAAGUCAUUGAAAAUCUCGUUCAAAAAGUUGUUCGAAACAAAGACUUAAAGAUUGAACAAGUUGAGGUGAUAGGAGGCACAGGGAGAGCUCCUUAUGUUGUCAACAUCAUUAAACAUGUAGUGGGGCAGGAGGUCAAGUUUUUGAAUUCGAUAGAUUCAGCGUGUUCUAUUGCCUUAGGUGGGGCUAUACAUGGUGAAAAAGUGUAUAAAAAGAAGGAAGAAGAUACCACUAUGAAGUUCUUAAAAACAGUGGAGAAGAUGAAAGACAUUGAGAAGAAAGAAAGCGAUACAAACACUUUAACCAAACCAGAGAAAGUCGAGAACAAACAAGACGGUGAGAAGAAAAAAGAAGAACAAGUGACAGAGAAGCCAAUGGAGUCAGAAAACAACGCCCCGAGUGUGUUACUCAAAGAAGUUAACGACGCUGAAAUUCAGAAUGAAGAGAUUUUGAAGCAAGUGAAAGACCCUCAACAUCAAAAAGUAGAAGAAAAGCAACAAAUUUCAUCUCAACUGUCACCUGAAGUCAUUAAAAACAUUUCAGAUGAAAUGGACAAGGCAACUUCGAUUAUAGCGGAGCGCGAGAGGAAGAUGUGGAUAUUGAACGACGUCGAGACGAAGAUUAAUAAAUACCGGAACUCAAUAGCGACGAAAGAAGGGAAUAUGCCACAAAGUGAAAUCACACAAUUAAGUUCGACUAUUAACAAAUUAGAAGAGUGGUUGGAUACAGCAGAGAGUAUGGAGAGUGAGCAGUUAGAGAAGGAAUAUAAAGAGAAUAUAACACUUCUCGACACCUCAGCGCCGACAUUAAAAACGUAUUUGGACGCCAAAGAAGCGACGCAAAAACUUGAGAAAGAGAAAGCCGAGAAAAUGCGAGCGGAGCGGGUGAGUACUGGGGAGACUGCAAAGAAGCGCCCGGAGCCAAAGACAAACAAAGAGAAGUACGAAGCGUACGAGAAGGCAAAAGAGAAAGGAACAAAAGCGUUUAAAGACACUGAUUGGUUGAGUGCCAUUCGCAUGUAUUCUGCUGCUCUUGGGCAUUUAGAAGCGAUGUUUGACAUGACUCCUACAGACACUGAGAAUAACAAGAAAGGGAAAUUGGCCUUAUAUUUGAACUUGGCAAUUUGUUUCAUCAAAGUCAGUAAAUUCAACAAAGCACUUGACAACGCGGACUCUGCGUUAAAGAUCGAUGAGAACAAUAUCAAAGGCUUAUUUAGAAAAGGAUUAGCUUUGAAUGGGUUAAAGAAGUAUGAAGAAGCGCUUGGAGUAUUUAAGAAGCUUGAGACGAUUGAGAAGUCUGCGUCCACAGAAAGUUGGAUCAAAAACAUCGAAGCCAAGUUGAAACAACAAGAAGAAGAGGCGAAAAGAGUCGCUCGGAGAAUGUUUGGUAAUUAA